AUGGCAUCCCAUGCAGCCGCACUGCUGGUCCUCAGCCUGCUGAUCCUCUGGACGUCCUCUGCUCUGGGAGGUGCCAACGACGCUGAAGACUGCUGCCUGUCUGUGACCCAGCGCCCCAUCCCCGGGAACCUGGUGCAAGGCUUUCGUUACCUGCUCCUCAAGGAUGGCUGCCGGGUGCCUGCCGUUGUGUUCACCACGCUAAGAGGUCGCCAGCUCUGUGCACCCCCAAACCAGCCCUGGGUGGUCCGCAUCAUCCGGAGACUGCAGAGGAACUCUGCCAAGGCCAAGGGCUCCAGCAGUUAGCCCACAAGAGUCCCAGCCCCAGAGGGAGCGCCGUGUCCCAGUGAAGGGAUGUGAAUCACUGGCACGCGAGAGAAUCAAGGACUAGAAGGGAGGACCAGGCCUCCAGCUCCCCUGCCCCAGACCUAACCCAGCUGGGCAGGAGUGGGCAGGGCAGGAGUGUCACUGUGAGUGUGAGUGUGAGAGAGGGUGAGUGUGGCAGAAGCACAGCUUUUGCAUGAUCAGAUGCCAUGCUGUCCAAUGCGUCCAAUAAAGCCCAGCUGGUACC